CCAGUGUGGGUGGGAGGCGCCGACCGAGGCUAUAAAACGGCGGGCGGGCGCGCGCGGCGCGCAGUGCGGGCGCCACGUGGAGCGGACGCGGAGCGCGCGGCACCGCCAUGGCCUCCAACGACUACAGCCAGACGGCCACCCAAAGUUACGGCGCCUACCCCGCCCCCCCCAGCCAGAGCUACUCACAGGGAGGGGGGCAGGGCUACGGCCAGCAGAGCUACGGGGGCUACGGGCAGAGCUCGGACACGGGCUAUGGACAGGGAGGGUACAGCUCCUCCUAUGGGCAGAGCCAGAGCGGUUACUCGGCCCCUGCGGCUCCUCCCUCCUACGGCUCCGGCGGCUUCGGCUCCGGGCAGAGCUCCCAGGGCAGCUACGGCCAAAGCUCCUCCUACCCUGGGUAUUCCCAGCCCCCUGCGGCUGCCUCGGCUUCGGGAAGUUACGGCGGCGGCUCCGGCAGCUCCAGCUACGGCCAAGCCCCGAGCGGGGGCUACAACCAACAGCAGAGCGGGGGCUACAACCAGCAGAGCUACGGGGCAACAGUCGUCCUACAACCCCCCCCCCAGCUACAGCCAGCAGGGCCAGUACAGCCAAGGGGCCUCCAACAGCUACGGGCAGGACGGGGGCUCGCUGAGCUCGGGCGGGUACCAGGACGGCCCCAGUGGCGGGCCAACAGCUACGGGCAGGACGGGGGCUCGCUGAGCUCGGGCGGGUACCAGGACGCCCCCAGCGGCCCCGGUUACGGCUCCCAGGCCCCUCCCGAGCGCAGCCGCGGCCGCGGCGCCUUCGGCUCCGGCCGGGGAGGAUUCGAGCGCGGGAACCGCGGCAGCCGCGGAGGCCGGGGAGCGCAGAUGGG